UAAAGCCUAUCGGCUCAUAGACAAACUCUGCGGUCUUUCGCUCCGUGAAAAUGUAAAAAAUAAUCGUUUUGACAGUUUUGAAAUGCGUUGAAAGGUGUUUAUGUUGAUUUUGUUAGUGAUUUAAGUUUUACAAAGUUUAUCGUGUAAUAAAAUUGGUAAAUAAUGGCAUACAACUUCGAUAGUGGUCAGUUCAACAAGGAAUCCACUCCAAGGCGCCUCGGCAACUGGCAAGUGCCACGCUGGGCGCCGACGAGAGCUCGCCCCCUGGAGAUGAGGCCGGACCCGAAACCCAUAUGCGACAUCAAUGGGCACUUCCUACCCGGUGCGCCGCGCGGCACUUCGAGGUGCUUCGGGCACUUCACAGGCACUUGGGAGUUGCCUAGGAAGAUCACCAGGAAAGUCGCCGAAGAGUUAGCUCGCGAGCCUCCCCCUGGCAGAUUUAAAGAUUGGCUGAAUCUCCGCGUGCAAAGGCCCAAGGCCGGCGCUGCUGCCGCAGCGGCAGCAGCGCGCAUGCGCUCCGGCAAGCGCUCCAAAAAGGACGAGCAGAAAACACCUGAGCCCGCGGAGACCUUCCAACCUAAGCAAUGCCUGUUCCACAAGCACGGUCAUAAAAAGAUAAUAGUUCGCAAGCUUGAAUAACACACUAGAAGACGUAGAAAACAACUAAAGUGCACAGUGAUUUUAUUUUUCACUUUUUAUAUUUAAGAUUGUUAUCUGAUUGUUUGAGUAAACUGUUGUACAUUUUUAAAUCAUUGUUUACAAAUUUUACAUGUCUGAACA